AUGUCACAGGUAGUGCAAUUUGGAUUUAUUGCACCUUUAAAUCUGGACAGAUACGAAAAAAAACGACCGUGGUUUGAAAAAUUAGAAGUUAGUUGCAGUUUACCCCAUGAUUAUCCAUCAUCCGAACCGGAAAUUUAUGCUCGUUCAAAUUGUUUGACCAGAGACAAUCAACACCAGUUAAAUGAAGACAUAAGUAAUUUUUUAAGCGAGCAACCUAAAGGUGAAUUGUGUAUAGGAUCUCUCAUUCAGUGGUUACUAGACAAUACAUGUAAAUAUAUUACUGAAAAAUCAAAAUUUUGUAAUACUCUACCAAGUAGUGAAGAUAGUGAAGAUGAUGAAUAUUUUUGUAGGUUAUGGAUAUAUAGUCACCACAUCUAUAAUAAAUGCAAACGUCGUUCCAUAUUAGAAUUAAGUCAACAACUGCAACUCACGGGUUUCUGUUUACCGGGAAAACCGGGUAUCAUAUGCGUCGAAGGUCCAACUAAAGACUGUAAUUAUUUUUGGCACAAAAUUAAGCACAUGAAUUGGAAGAAAAUUAUUUUGAAGAAGAAGGAGAUUCUGGAACUUGAUUCGAAGAAUAACUUAAGAAAAUUUGGUACUUUUGAAGAAAUAAGCUUUCAGCCGAGAAAGGGACCAGGUCGGGAGUAUCAUAUGGAUAUGGGAGAGUUUUUUCACUUCCUGGAAGAACAUCACUGUGGUUACGUUUUUCGAGAUUAUUUCGGUAUAGACGGUCGACUGUCAGGUCAUUCUUAAAUAUACAAUAAAGUUAGAAUUUGCUUCUAAAAUUUAUUUUUUCCAAAAUAUAAACUAUAAAUAUAUGAUAGAUUUUUUGCAGAAGUUUUAAGUGAAACUAUUCUAGCUUAUUUUCUUGCUAAAUAGUGAAUUGAAAUUUUAAAGCUUCCUUGUAACUAAAUAAAAAUAUUAAUAUUUUCAUUCCUUGUCAAAUAGUUUCCUUGAGUUUCUAGGAUAACUUUUAUAAUGUAAUUUUUUACUCUACUUUGGGUUUCAUUAAAAAGUUAGGAAUAUGAAAGUUAUCAUUGGAGAAAUCCAAUAUAUAAUAAGUAAUUUAUAUUCGCAGUGACUCAGAAGCCAGUUAACCUUAUUCCAUUUUGCAUGUUCCAAGUACAGUUGCAAAUGUGAAUCAUCAAUUGAGUUUAGAACAAAUUCAAAUUGAUAGUCUUUACUAUUUAUAAAAUUGUAGUAAAAUGUUUGAAUAAGACAGCAAUUUAGAUUUUACAAUGGUUAACUGACUUUUAGACCAUCCUGUAUAUUACGAUAAAAGAAACAAAGUAAUAACAAACUUUUCAUCUUACAAAGCACUAGAAUAAAAUUGAAAUCUCUCUUUAGUGAUAACUUUCAUAUUUUUUUAGUUAAUUUUCAGGCAGAUCACCGUUAUCAGACACUAAAAAUAUCAUCAUACAAAAAUAAAAUUAAAAAUCAGUUUAAAUUUUUAACAUUUUUAUGAUGCAUUCUGAGUGAAUAUGGUAUGUAGAUUUAAUUGUUUCUAUAUUAGUUUGAUCUGCAACCAGGAUACCAUUUCUUCAUGCCAGGGUGAUGUGAAUUUUUAUAAGUUCCUGCCCUAAAGUAAUUUUAUAUUGUUACUUAAUUUUAAAAUUUAGUUUCUAAUUUGUUCCUACUGCAAACUGCCAAGAUACUGUCAUUAUAUAAUCUUUAUUGUUACUUAUUUUUUUUUAACAAACAUUAGAAACUACAAUGUGUCAACUUGAGUCUCUGAGUUAAAUUCAAGUAAAUAAAGACUGUGAAACACUUGAUAUUAUAUCUUAUUAUUGAGAUAGGAAGUUGUUUAGGUUUGUAUUACUUGUUAGAGUUGAUAAUAUGUUUAAAUCUUAACACAAAAUCAAUUUAAAUACAUUGAUUUUGUGAAUAUACUAAAUCUGUAUGUAAUAUAUGGAUUAAAUUUUGUUCCAUAUUUUAUAAUCACUUGAGAGUAUAUCAUUCCAUGAUGUCUACAAAGACUUAAUAAAUUACUUCAUCAUGCAAUAAUUUUAAAUAUAUUUUCAUAUCUAAUUUUUAUUAUGUACAGAAACUUAUUAAAUUGAUUUGUACAUAUAAAAUUAACAAGAAAAAUGAAAAUUAUCGCUUUCUUUGAUAUAUGAAAAAAGCCUUCCAAUUUUUUCUGAAAUUAAUAUUUAGCAAGAAAAUAUUCCAGAAUAAUUUUAACUAAGUAGAUAGAGUUUAAAUUUAGUUAGUUAAGAUGCUGAUUUACAAUCUGAUAUUGUGAUGUAGUAGUGUAUCAUAAUCAUUCCUAAUUAUGUCUACCAUCCUUAACUUGAAUUCAUCAGAAUAAUCAAUUGACAUCAUUUAAAAUAAUAUCAAUCUGAAUUUUUGAAUGAAUGUUAAUGUAAAUCUUUAUUAAGAUGAGAAUUAAAUAACAUCAUAAGAUGAUGAUAAUUAAUAUAUGAAUAAGGUAGUCAUUGUGUGGUUAAUAAAAUAUAUGGUUAAUGAUGGUGUAUUUUAAUAGCCAUUUUGUUUUAGACUCUACUCGUAUGUUAAUGUUUAUUAAAGUUUACGUGAAUGAAUAUUAAUGAAUGUGCACAUAUGAUUGAGUGAUAUACAUGAUCUGCUAAAUAUGCCAGUCUUUGUGUAAUAAUGUACUGUACAUGUUACAUAUAGACUAACACUAUUGAUAGAUCUCAUAUGCAUUAGCAAAUCCUGCAUAACUCUUACAUGUGCAUUGUUUGUAAGUCUCACAUGGAACAUAUUUUCCAACAUAGAGUUAAUAUAAAAGUUGCAUAUCCUCCAGUUGUGCAGCUAUUGGAUAAAUAGUAAUCAACAGGGAUUUUAGUCCUUAAAUUUGAUGUUAACUGAACAAUAACUGUAUAAUCAAUAAUUAUUCAUUGGAUUGAAUGAUGAAUAUAUGUAUAAUAAUAAUUAAAACAAAAUUGAUAAAAAUUAUAUGUAUUUCAAACCAUAUUGAUGUCUUAAUUUAUAAAGUUAAAGUGAUUUGUUUAUAUUGAUUUAAUAUUGUGACUUUAAGUUUAACAUGCAGCUACUUCCAUUUUCUUGAAAAUUCAAAAGAUAUUCAUAUAACUAAAUAAAAAUCACUGCUUGUAACAUUCCAGAAAUUUGCAGAAUAUUUUGAUUUGUAAUAAAAUACUAAUUUUACUGAAAUACUUAAAUCCUUGAAAUUAAUGGAUGUUAUAUUAUCCAGUUAUAUCUAGAAACUAAAUGGUCAAAAGAUAUACUUGUAUAGUUCAUCAUCAGAUAUUGAGAUUUAAAAAUAUCAGUAUUAUUGUAAAACAUCAAGAUGUUACAUUGAUAUCAUGUUAGGACAUUGAAAUCCUUAGAUAUAAGGUAUACUAGAAUUUAAAAUGAUCUUAAAUUAUCAGAUAAAAUAUGAAUUGAUGUCUGAAGAAAGUGAGAUAAAUGAUAUUGGAGUUACCACAAAAUAUUCAUAUGAUACUGAUUUAUUUUUUAUGUUGAACUAUAUAUUGUAACAAGUUUUGUUUUGUUGCCAUUUACUUUGGAAUCUAUAGUGCAUAUCUACUUGACUGUUCUUUUGCUGCAAACAUAAUUUUAAGAAGUUAAAAUAUUGUGAGAAAUUAUUUAAAAUUGUAGUUUUGAGUUCCUUGGUUAACAUGAUAGAUGCAUUGUUGAAAAUAAUGUAUUAAGUGCACACUUAGACUUCAGAGAAACUAUUUCUAAGAGUUUAUUUGUUAUUUGGAAACUGUGUUGUACUAAAUUUUCUAGAGUAUUUCUAAGAGAUUGAAAAAUUGAAAGACAGCAGAUAAAUUCUUUGUUGUUAUAAAUUUGGCAUUAUUAGUUUGUCAUCACAAAUAUAGAGCAAUGAAUUCAAAAAAUAUUUUUUAUUUAAAUAUAUAGAAUAUUAUUAAUUGUCAAUCUUUAUGAUUAAUAACUAAUAGUAUUCUAUACAGCAAUACUUCUCGAUCAUAAUUAUGAUGAAAAUUAAUCAAAUAUAUAAUUAAUUUACUAUAGGUUGAUAAAAUUGUAAUUAAUAAAUGCUUGGAUUUUUUAAAAGUUUUAUAAUAAGUUUAAUUUGAAAAGUGUCUUUAAAUUCUCUCUUUAUAGGUAUUUCAUUAAUAUAAUUAAAGUUGUGGUGAGUUUUAAUUUUUCUUUUGUAGACCAGAAAAACUGGACUGUUGCCAGUCUAUAGUUGAGAAUCAUUGCUUUAGAAUAAAGAAAAAAUUCUAUCCUUACCAUGUAGAUAUAUAGGGAAAGUGAGUGUGUGAAAAUACUAUACUGAUUUCACAAUUAAUCAUAUAGUACUGUGGCUAAAUAUUACUCUCUAGCCUCUGUUCAUUUUGUAGGUAUUCAUUCAACAAGGAGCAAAGUUAGCUUCAAAAAGUAGAUAAGUAGAAAUGAAAAAUCUGGCAGUUACAAAGGUAUAAACUUGUAUCAUCCUAUAUGAUAGACUUCUAUAUCUUAUAAGCCAUUCUAACUUCAAAGUAUCUAAAUAAACAAUAAUUAUCAUCAUACAGAUUGCUAGGAAGGUGUCUUUGUUUACAAAUUGUUUAUGAAUUAUUCUAAGAAAGUGUUAGUUUGUAGAAAUAUGACAAAUUCCAUAAUAAUGGAAAGAAUAAAAAUUUUUCUUAGUUUAGUUUUGAUGCUUAUGAGUUUUAUUUAUUUCAUUGAGUGAAUGUAAAAUAAUAUUUGCCUACUGGUACAUUGUAUUUCCUGAUUUAAUUAAUUAAUCUCAUAAAAUUCUGAUUAAAAGAUAUUUUGUAUAAGUUGAAAUUAUAUAAUUACAGAAUAUGUAAUAUAAAUUUCUAAGUUUAUAAAAAGUUAUCCUAUAAAUGAGUUUUAUAAUUCUUCAAAUUAUCUUCACUUUAUAUGGAUAUAUGCAAUAAAUUAACUUAUAAUUUACAUGCUGAAUUUUAUAGAAUACUGAAAAUUUGCUCAUUCAUUAAAUGAUGUAUUAGUAUAAACUGUAAAUAUGAAGGAUGUUCUAUAUGCACAUUAAAUGCUGCUACAUAGUUAUUAUAAUUAGGCUAUUACUAUGUGUCAUGAAUUAAAAAAUAUUACAUUAAGUAUUAAAAUUUUUAUAAAUUGAGGUGUGAAAGAAGAAAAAUUUCAUGUUUGUUUAAUCAGUUAUUGAUUAAAUAUGAGUUAGUUUCUUGUGAGACUUAUCCAAUUUUAAAGACUUUAAGGAAUUUGUUUCAUGAUGCAGUAAGAUUGUGUCUGAAGUUCUUGGAUUUUAAGAUUUUUCAGUUUAGAGCUUGCCAAAAUCGAGCUUAAUUUGGAACUUGUUUUGUGUAUUUGUCAUGUAUAAAUCAUACAGUUGAUUUUUGAUUCAAUGGACUAAUAAGGGAGAGGUGUUUGUAUUGUUGAUUGAAGUUGUUUCUAAGGGCAACUAAAUAAUGAUGAUAAAUACAAAAAUCACGAGAUAAAACAGUAUUAUAUAAAUGAUAAAAUUACUAUGUUUAUGUGAUUUAAAACAUAAAAGUGAAUGUAAAAUAAGUGUUAAAAUGCUGAUUUAUCUUGAAUGGUGAAGAGAUAUUUAGAUAUACUGUAUUGUCAUGAUUAUAAAGAAGUCAAACAAUCACUAUAGUUAUUUUGAUUCACUGUGACUCCUCAUACACACUUUCUUUUCACAGAAGAGAGAAUUGGAUGAAGAGGAAGAUGGACGUGUACAGUGAUGGAACGAAUUCUUGCUGAAACAUGUCACGUGUUUUGGGUUGCACUAAGUUUUGGCCCAUUGUUUCCAAAAUCUGUUAAAUUGAAGUCUAUUGAAUUGAGAAUUGACUAUUCUUUAUGUUAUGUUUUUGUGCUAUAUUCUCUAUAUUGUCUCAUUAGCUAAAUUGCAUUUAUGCAUAUCACAUUUGGGAAAGAUUUAUCCAGAUUAUAUUGUAUGAUUUAGCUCUGACUUAAUCUGGAGGAACCUUUUCUCAAUUAAUGAGAUUUUACAAUGUAGUGUAAAACAUUAAUAUCAUUAGUUUGUAAUUGUUAAAUUGUGGUAAGAUUUGUAUGUCAAGUUUGUUAUAGUUUCUGUAGUCUUAAACUUUUUCAGGUAAAACAGUAGAAAAGAAAUGUAAGAAAUGUAAAGAUAAUUCUUAAAGCAUGGCACAAUUGAUUUGAACUUGGAAUUAAACUGGAUUAUCAGUCAGAAAGUUUUGUUGAUUGUAGUUUUGUUGUUAUCAGUGCUUUAAAAAUAACAAUUUUAAUGUUGUAAAUUCAUAAAAAUAAACUACUGAAGAAAUAAAUGUCAUGGUUUAUGAUUGCUUAUAUUCAUAAAUUUAUGUUAAUUUGUGUAUUGUAAUGUCAUUUAUGUGAAAUGAUGUCAGUUGGUAUCUUUUUAACUAGGGAAGUUAGAUUAGAGAAAAAAGUUAUUUUUUUAUAAUAUUCUGUUUUAUAUAAUGCACACAAGAUUCAAUAUACGCAGUAUGCACUUCAAAUCUACAUGUUAGAAUUUAAUAUGUUAGUAGAUUAAUAUACUAGCUUUAAUGUAGAAUAAUUUAAAUAUAUGUACACAAAUGUAACAAAAUUCUGUUGACAAAUUUCACAACUGACUUUCUAGAGUAUGUAAUAAACAAAUCAGUAACUACAUAUCAUUUUUUUUUUCUAUAAGAAUUUCAUUCAAUGAUGUAUAAUACAAACUUGUAUGGAUCAUUACAGAAACCAGAAAUAAUCUAAAUCACAGCUUAGUCUAUCCUAUGUAUGACUUAAUCCUUGUCUUUGUUAAGUGGUUAGCAAUUGUAACUGUUAUUGUUUUUUUUUCAUAUCAAAACUGUAAUGUAGACUAAAGAUAAGAAAAGCUGGAUUUAGAAUUGUCAAGGACCUUUAGCUAAGAUGCCUUUCUUCUCUACCAAAGCAUGAUGUUUUAAGCUGUAACUUCUUUAGUUUAUGUGUAAAUCUGGUCCUGAAGCAGGUCUGAAUGAUAGCUGAAGUCAAGACCUUAUAUCUAUAAUUGGUUCUAUGAUUCUAUUCAGUUAAUACUUUGCCAUGUUUUAAUAUUACUAUUUCAAUAUCUUGUUUUUAAUUUUACUGAAAAAUAAUUUGUAAAAUUUAACAAUUUUCAUGUUUAUGUAAUUAAUUAAUCAUAGAAGAAAAAGAUGAAAAUCCUUUAGAAAGUCAAAGAAAAUAUUGAUUUAAUGGAAUAAUAACUAUAAAAAAAUUUUUUUAAUUAUUCAAGUUCUUUUUUUUGUUAAAUCAUAGUAGAGUUAAUUGUUAGCUUUGAAAUUUGUGUAAAAAAUGUCUUGAUACUAAGAUAUUUCAUAUCAAAAUUACAAUUAUUUAUAUCCAAUAUAUCAUUGAAGCUUUAAAAUAAAUUAAUUUGUAUUUACAGAAUUCAUAGCAAAGUUAA